AACUCCUCUGAUUGGUUGUUUCAGUGGGAGCAAAGGAGGGAGGGCGGGACCUGUGUGAUGACCCCUCAUACGUCAAUGUGGAUAAACCCCGCCCCACAACAGCUGCAGCCAAUGGCAACGCUCACAGAGAUGCGUUCGACAUGAAGCCGUUUGAUGAUUCCCUGGGUGUAUCAGGUCUGGGGGUCUCAGCGGCGCCCCCURUGGUGGAACAGCUGCAGUGCGAGGCCUGGUUCCACGGCAGCCUGAGUCGCAGGCAGGCUGAGAGACUGCUGACCCGUGAUGGAGACUUCCUGGUCCGAGAGUCAGGCACCACCCCUGGACAGUACGUCCUCACUGGACAACAGGGGGGUCAGCCCAAGCACCUACUACUGGUCGACCCAGAGGGAGUGGUACGUACCAAAGACCACCACUUUGAGAGUGUGAGCCACCUGAUCAGUUACCACAUGGACAACAGACUGCCCAUCGUAUCAGCAGGCAGUGAGGUGUGUCUGCAACAACCAGUGGAGCACAGGGCCUGAACACACACACAAAUACAGCAAUGCAACACACACACUCUCAGAAACACUACACACAUAAGCAGUGCAGAACACACAAAUACUGUACACACACACACUCGCACACUGACCACAUUAAGGAAAGCCAAAAAAAACACCUCUGUCACUCUUUCUGCCAAAUCAUUUGCUCUCUGCUUUUCCUCACACCCUCCUCUCCUCCUGGACGACUCACUGUUACCUCCGUGAUCCCUCCUUUUGUUCAUCCUUCCGUCAUCGAGGUCCACUACCUCCAUUCCUCCAUCCCUCCAAAGAACGUGGGAGUAACAUCUAGGAACACUUUUUAUUUUCCUUCUCAGUGGGACAGAAAUAAUACAAUUUAGUAAAAAAUGUAGCAUUAUUAAUUAAAUCAUGCCAUAGAAUGAUUCAGAAAUGAUACAAUCAUAGUAAAGGAGGACCUUGGAGGGGAGGAGUGAAACGUAGAGAGAGGGAUGGGGGGAGAGGUCUUGAUCCAGACAUGGCAGAGGAAACAGUUUCUCUCACCGUCACAGAAGCACUUCAAAGACUUGUCUGAUGAUUGGACUCAUCAGAGAGCUCGGACAUGGACCCUCCAAUCAAAUAUCAGUGGAACACAGGAACAGCCAAUCAAAUAUCAGUGGAACACAUGAAUAACCAAACAUGACUGAGAUCAGGCCUCCUGUUAAUAUGCAUAGACAUACAUUUUUGUGUCCACACCAAUCAGGGCCCUCGCUCACCCUCAAGCCACUCCCAUUAAAAGACCUUUCAUCUUUGACCAUUGACCCCCUGAGUGAUACCUGGUGAUGUCACGGAGGACGUCUCUGUAUGCAAAAAGGGGGUUGCUAUGCCAACAACCAUUGUCUCCGUCUGUCCAAAUAUGGACACGGUUUCUUUCCGGCCUCCGAAGGUGGAGUUUGAUAAAAGGAUGUGAUUCAUGCCUAUCCGACAUCCGCCUGUCUGUCUGCAAUGGACUGGUCUCCCUGUCUGUCUGCAUGGGACUGGUCUUACCUUUCUGUCUGCAUGGGACUGGUCUUACCUUUCUGCUCUGAUCAUGACAAAGAAAGUGGACUUGGUUGGACUGGGGCAGCAGAAACCAUGGAGAUGACUCAUACACCAACAUACAGUGUGUUAGUCUGUAUCUGUCAUGUGUACCWUCAUUGGGAGUAUAGUGUCUUUACAUAGAGAGGGAUGGAGAGAAGACUGGGAAGGGGCAGGGGGGAGGUUCCACAUCUAGAGAUGUCAUCAGACUUAGACACGAUGUCAUCUGAAAGAGCUCAAAACCAAUUCUACGACGAUGUCACAGUCAACCCAAAUGCGGCUGUCACAAUUUAAUCGGUACUGUGUUGGAAUUGUAGUUCAGAUUAUUGCCAAUAUUUUCUUGCUUUUCAAUGGAUUUGUUGUUAAUAUCGGUUUGCCUUGACAAUCUAUAGCCAUGUCUCUGUCUGGACGGGUAGGGGGUGGAGAGGUUGGGGGGGCAUACUGGAUGAAGUGUGUUUUAAUGCCGAAAGCAUCCGGUCCAGAGCAUUCAAAGCAAUGAUCUUAUCUCCUCUCCAAAUGUGCUGCAAGGUCAGGAGAUUAGCUUUUAGCGUUAGCAUUAGCUUUUAGCAUUAGCGUUAGCAUUAGCUUUUAGCAUUAGCGUUAGCAUUAGCGUUAGCAUUAGCGUUAGCAUUAGCAUUAGUGUGUGAUGUGUUUCUUCUCAGCUCACUGCAGGGAAAACUGUUAUCAGCACUGUUCACAAUGGAAUCUGGGAGCUUCGCGAACGUUGGUCAGACGUUGGACUUUGACGUGUUGUUUUCCUUGGAAUUAGAAGAUAGUAGAGGGAGAGAAAGUGGAGGAAUCAUCCUCUCCUCUCCCUCCUUCUCCAUGAUAUUUUUUGUGUCUUUUACUAGUGCCUUGUUUCUUCGAUGCAGUCACCUCCCUCCAGUGCAGUCUGUCACCUAAUGUACUGUGCUUAUUGUACAGUCAGUUGAUGUACCUAAUCCAAAUGUAGUGGACCGUUGGAUCCUGUCACAUGGUCUCUCAGGCCAUCAAAGACUGCAAAAAGGACACUGACUCUCACCACCCAGGUCCAGUGAUGGCAAUCCGCUCCUCUAUUGCACAUUCAUUCUUACUUCCUGUUGUCACUUGUUGUUGUCACGGUUGCUCGAUGUCGCAGCUCUCAUUGGAGGGAUUUCCACUCCACCUGUAAAUAACAUCAGAUCUGAUUGGUCGGUUUGAGUUCUUGGUUCUGAAAUUAAAGUCUUUAUUGUUUAGAUUUUAUUAAUAAAAUGGGUGGGACAGAACCAGAUACUGUAUUUCAUAUGUAAUACUCACAGAAUACUUUUCUCUCUGAAUCCAAGUCAUUUUGAUUCUAGCCAAUGCACCAUGUCCAGAUUUUUGAGGGAGGCUGAAACCAAACUGUAAACGUGGAAGUGAAGAGUAGACUGGGAUCUGCCACCUGCUGUACAAAAUAUUUCUGUCUCAUCAGGAGGGUUGCAAAAUCCCCUGGUUUUCCAGAAAUCCUGGUUGGAGGAUUCAUGGAAUUCCUGCUUAUUCGCUCGUGUAAUUCUAGGAUUAUUUUAACCAGGAUUUCUGGGAAACCGGGGAAUUUGGGGAAAGUUAUCUGAAUUCUGCAACUCUAGUCAUGAGAAAGGGCUCUCUGAGCCUGGACAGGUAACUGUUUUAUUCAUCUUUCUCAUCGUGCUUCUGUGUGUGUGUGUUGUGAGAGAGGAUGUGUGGAUGAUCAGAGUUUAUGGUUGGGAGUGUAGGGGGCUGUGUAGUUCUUACAUGGUGGCACGUGUGGUCUGUGUGAGGCCUUUGCUUCAUUCUGUCACAAACACACAGGAGGGACAGCUGUGUUAGACACCGACUGUUUAAGUGACUAUAGGUCCUGGAUAGGCAACAAGGAAACUAGUAUACAAGCCCCAAGGUGUGUGUGUAAAAGGAAUAAUCUAUCCUCUACAUCAUUUGUGAAGCAUUCUAGCGUUGUCAUUGUUCAUCACAGUUGCCUUUGUUGCAUGGAAAUCAUUUUUUACAGUUUCUAUAUUGUUGUUGUUUUGAUGUACUUUUUGAUUUGAGUUUUGAAAGCCAAAGGGUUAUUUUCAAUUAGCCUUCACAAAUAUUGAUUUACUUUUUUACUUUUUACAGCUCUGUUGUAAUACUCUUGUUCUUUUGGGGGGAAAUACAUCUGUUUACACCUGUAUCUGAAAUCACAGAUUGCAUAUAUCAUGAAUCUUUCUUGGUGAGUUUGGUUUUAAAAUGCAGUUUCUGGAUUUACUCUUUGGUCUCCUGUGAUGUUUUCUUAAAUGUUGAUUCAUAACUAUUAAAUAGAACAUAUCCCUUUUA